CUUCCCUCAACGCCUCCCUCCCGCAACUCGGUCCCACCACCAGUUUGCCCUCGCGUCUGACCCCGCAUGGCGUCCAGUCUGACGUGCGCCGGCGCGGUGUGGGCGCUGCUGUCCCUGAUGUGCGCCGCCGCGUCCUGCGUGGGCUUCUUCAUGCCCUACUGGCUCCUGGGCAUGCAGAUGGACAAGCCGGUGUCUUUCGGGACCUUCCGUCGCUGUUCGUACCCCGUGCGCGAUGAGGAGCGCCAGGCCACCGUCAUGCUGGAGCAGUGCGGCCGUUACGCCUCCUUCCACGGCAUCCCCAGCCUGGAGUGGCGCAUCUGCACGCUGGUGACGGGCGUGGGCUGCGGCCUCCUCCUCUUGGUGGCGCUGACCGCUCUAAUGGGCUGCUGCAUCUCCGAGCUCAUCUCGCGUACGAUUGGUCGCGUGGCCGGGGGCAUUCAGUUUGUCGGAGGUAAGUGUGUUGGGAUCGGGACACUUUGAGUUGCUUUUCCCACUGCUGGCGGAAAAAACGGAAAGGAAAUUCUAUUCGGAAGUUUUUGGACAAAAACAUUGGGACUCAGUCAUUGAUGACUGGCAUGAAAAGUGGACUGACCAAUGACAAGUGACAUGUCCAACCAAUCAAAGGUACGCCUUGGUCAGUCAACCUUUCAGUCAUUCCUUGAAGCCCCGGUGAUUGGUCUAUUGGUCUGCGUAAAAUGUCUUUCAUUUCACAUACCACCAGUGAUUGGUUGUUUUUUUCACCUUUCAUUGGUCAGUCUACACAUCAGUCA